UUUUUUGUGGGUGAAAGUACUGAAACACUGGCACUGACUGGUGCCGGUGGAAACUUUUGAGAAUUUUCUCGGUUGAUGAGUAGUCAACGAUGCAUGGCCUGAUAUUGUGAUUUAAAGACUUCCAGUUUCAGGUUUCACAACACAAGUGACAAUCAAGUAAUUUGCAAGCUUGACAAUGUUACGCACACAAAUUGCAAGUUGGCUGACUCGGAGUCGACGAAUACGACUUCCCAGCAGAUAUGUUGCAGACACCCCACAAGUCUACUUAACUUGCAGUAGGUUCAGCUCGACGUCGAUUGAUGAACAAGCCAUACCCCAGCAGGCUAGAGUUGUUAUCUGCGGAGGGGGCAUAGCGGGUCUGUCAGCGGCCUACAACCUGGCCAAACUGGGAGAGACAGACGUUGUGCUGCUGGAACAAGGAAGACUAACCUCUGGAACAACAUGGCAUUCACCCGGUAUGGUCAGUCACUUCCGAAAGCCAGCAUUGCACGCACUCUCAACCAUAAGCGCCAGACUUUACAAAACACUGGAAGAGGAAACGGGUCUCAGUACAGGAUAUAGAGAGGUCGGAUGCUUGCUCCUAGCACAAACCAAAGAUCGCAUGAUUGACAUCAAGAGAAUUGCUGCUAUGGCCAAGACGAGGAAUAUGAACUGCUCGUUGAUGGCACCCUCCGAGGUUCACUCCAUUGUCCCGUGGGUAAGAACGGAUGAUCUUGAGGGAGCCAUGUUUCUACCUGAUGACGCUGUGACUGACCCAACAAACACUGCGUUGUCUCUGGCAAAGGGUGCUAAAAACAGAGGUGUCAAGAUCUUAGAAGGGGUUCAAAUCCAAGCUGUACUGUCGGAGGACGGAAAGGUUUCUCAAGUUCAGACGUCCCUCGGUGACAUCCAAUGUGACUACUUUGUCAAUGCAGCAGGACAGUGGGGUCGAGAUGUUGGGUUGAUGAGUCGUCCUACAGUCAAUGUACCAAUGCAUACCAAUGCACACGGAUACCUGAUCACCAAACCACUACCAGGAAUGGAUCUCAAUCAUAUGACUCCAUAUGUCCGUGAUUUUGAUAGCCACAUCUUGUUCCGUGAGUGGAGUGGUGGUCUCCUGUGCUGCCUCAUUCCUCCUGUUUCCGUGCCGAUCUUCCACGAAGGAAUCCCAGAGAAUUCGGAGUUUUUAUCUCUUCCAGAGGACCCGGAUCUUUUCAACUAUGUAAUGGAAAAGUUUCUCCACCGGAUUCCAUCGGGGGAGCAAAUGGAAGUGCAGCAGUUCUUUCUAGGACCAGAGUGCUUCACUCCGGAUACAAAGUUUUUUUUCGGUGAAGCUGCAGAGAUGAGAAACUACUACCUGAUGACUGGGAUAAGCAUGGUUGGGGUCACCAUGUCUGGGGGCUUGGGACAACUCUUAGCUGAGCUGAUCGUUCACGGAGAGACUCUCCUCGGAAACUGGUCAGUCAACCCUCAACGCUUCUCACCGCAACAGAACAACAAGGCGUACCUUAGAGAGAGGGUUGCAGAAAUCGAAGGAAUGCCCUUCAAAAUAGGCUACCCUUUUAGGCAAUUGCUGACGGCAAGAAACCUACGGUGUACUACGCUGCAUGACCAGCAUGUGCAAGCGAGGGCGGUGUUUGAGGAGUGCAUGGGAGUGGAGAUACCCCAGUUGUACCUGGGCGAAAGUGCCAGUGAGGCCAUGGUUGAGGACAUACAGCUAGGGACGUUUUACAAACCAGUCUGGUUUGAUCAGGUCAAGGCAGAGUAUCUAGCUUGCCGUGAGGCGGUCGCUGUGAUCGAUGUGUCGUCUGUAACAACAUUUGAGUUGGAGGGUGAGAUGGCAACAUCCCUACUUCAGACAUUGUGUGCCAAUGACGUAGACGUUCCUGUAGGAAGUGUGGUGCAUUCUGGGAUGCUCAAUGAGCAUGGUGGUUAUGAGGUCUGUUGCAGUGUAGCUCGCUUGAAGGAAGAUAGGUAUUUCAUCGUCUGUCCCACUAUUCAGCAAGUCAAGGGAUUUCACUGGAUCACCAGGCAGCUGCCUAAAGACGGCUCGGUCAAGCUACGAGAUGUGUCCGGUCAGUACACCGGUCUGAAUGUCCUGGGACCAAAAGCCAGAGAUGUCCUGCAGAAAUUGACCAACACGCCACUCGACACAGCAAGCUUCAAACCAGCCUGUUACAAGGAGCUAAACUUUGGUUUUGCGUCAGGGGUUCGCGCCAUGACAGUAACAGACACAGAUGAGGAUGGAAUGAUGCUGUUUAUUCCUAAUGAGUCUGCCAGGCAUGUAUACGCCACAUUGAUGUCUGCCGGCAGCGAGUACGGCAUACGCCCAGCUGGGUACCACGCCCUAAGAUGGCUGACUGUGGAACAGUUCUACCCGAACUGGGGCGUCGACUUCGACAACGAACACACCCCGCUGGAAAUUGGACAUGAGACGGCAGUGAAAUAUGACAAAAAACUAGAGUUCAUAGGUCAGUCAGCGUUGCUAAGGCAACAAGGUGAGGGCGUCCAUCAUCGGUUAGCCACAUUCGUCAUGGAGGAUCACAAAGUGGACAAAGAUCUCUGGUGUUGGGGCAGUGAACCCAUCUAUCGUAACGGUCAGUUGGCCGGAAUGACCACGUCCAGUAGCUUCAGCCCCACCUUAGGCUCCAUGCUGUGUCUAGGCUGGCUGAACAAUACUGACCCUCAGACCGGUCAGACGCAAGUGGUCACUCACGACUAUGUGACCAAGGCUAAGUAUGAGAUUGAUAUCGCUGGACAGAUGUUCCCAGCUAAGGCCAACCUCUACCCACCUAAAUAAUUCACCAAACUUCAUGGUAACAGUCUAAUAUCAAAAUAAGUUGAAGAAAUCAGGAAAAAAAGUUAUCCGGUAUUUUGACAAACUUGAAUCUUGUUUGUUUUAACUUUUAUUUCCUACAAAAGAUUUCUUCCAGUUCAAAAUCUGUACCCACCGACUGAAUUCACCAAACUUUAUGUGUAAAAGUCUUUGCAAACAAUAUGUCAAAGAAAUCGGGGAAAACAUAUUUUAUCCAGUAUUUUGAUUCACUUGAAUCAUUUUGUCUUUUUCAUUUAUCAGUCUAGAAUUCAAAAUUGUAUUCGAAAUUGGAUGUAUUUCUUGAAAGUAUGCUUUUAAAUGUUAAAUCGGAUUAUAUUUUUUAUAUAUUGUUUUCUUAUAAUUUAAUGACGGGAAUCAUGGUGAUUGUGGUUUGUUUUUUUGAUAAAUUACACAACUGUACUCAGCUGCUUCAUCUUUGUUAGCUUUUUGCACAGACUGGUCGAUUCUGUGUGAAAAAAAAUGCAAACUUAUGUACUGCAGACUGGUAUGUCAAGACAGUAUUGAGUCCAAGACUUUUGUAAUAAAUAGUUAAUACGGAUUAUUCUUUAAGAAACGUAUUCCUUGUUGUAAAUUUUCCAAAAGCCCCUCUUAUGUAAGAAGCUAUUAUUUCCUACACAUUAAGAAAUGGUUUAAGGGUAUUUAAUUUUGAUUAAUGUUGAGUAUGUGGAAGUGAGGAAAAUGGCUUUAUUUUUGUACAAUUUUUUACGUAUUUUUAAUAUGGUGCAUUUUAAAUUAAAAAAAAAAUGGUAUCUGGCUUUCGUAAUUCACACUAAAUGUGUAUAUAUGCAAAACGACAGCAGUUUUAUAUUUAUACAAAGAUAUCUUUUUGAUGGACUAAUGUUUCUGAUCAAGUAAUUAAUGCUUGAAAAUAGUGUUUGAUCACAAUUUGAUUUUUAAGGUUAUGGUGCAUAAUUUACGUUAUAAUAUUUUGUUGUAAUAACAGCCUUCUUGUUUAAUUUUCAAAAUUACUAAAAGCAAAAAAUAAAAAUAAAUGAUGGACAUUG